UUUAUAGUCUGUGAAGGUGAACAUAGUGAAAACACACGUCUUCCGAAGCGCCACCUUGUUCAUUUCCGACAUUCUUUUCGGAAUGGUCGAAACGCUGCGUUUGUGCUGAGAAAACGUGACUACGGAGAACGUCGUGUGGCGAUCGUGAUCAAGAGAACGAGUGUUAUACAUGAUAUUGCAUUGCAUAUUGACGUACAUUAAGGCUGUCGCGCAACGGUAUGCAGUUGUGAAGUAAACCGACCGCAUUAACACGGAUACAGAAUUUUUCGCAGUAACACGGGUAUCCGGGUGCCGGCACACACCAAUAUACGCGAGUACGAAGGAUUGGUUUAUUGAAAAAAUGGCGGCGGACAUGCUAAGCAAAAAUCGAAUGAUGGUUUUUAAGAACAAAGGCAAAGAUCAAGAAGAAAUGAGAAGAAGAAGAAAUGAAGUUACUGUAGAGUUACGCAAAAACAAGCGUGAUGAGACUUUGCAGAAACGAAGAAAUUUAACAGAUGAAGAUGAUGUUGAUAAACAUUUGUCAAAAAUCAAUUUAAAGGAACUAGUAAAGAAAGCUGAUAGUUCAGAUCCAGAGGUUCAAUUACAAGCUGUACAGUCAGCCAGAAGGUUACUGUCGUCAGAUCGUAAUCCACCGAUUGAUUUAUUAAUUGAUAGUAAGAUUUUACCAGUUUUAGUUCGUUGUCUUGAAGAGCACAAUAGUCCUUCUUUGCAAUUUGAAGCAGCAUGGGCUUUAACAAAUAUUGCAAGUGGAACAUCACCUCAAACACAAGCAGUUGUAAAUGCUGGUGCAGUUCCACAUUUUUUGAAUUUGUUAUGUUCAAGUCAACAAAAUGUUUGUGAACAAUCUGUAUGGGCUUUAGGAAAUAUUAUUGGAGAUGGUCCAAUAGCUAGGGAUCUUGUUAUUAAACAUGGUAUUGUACCGCCAUUGUUAGCGUUUAUUAAGCCGGAUAUACCAAUUAGUUUUUUACGUAAUGUAACAUGGGUAAUCGUAAAUUUAUGUAGGAGCAAAGAUCCACCACCAUCUGUUGAAACUAUUAAAGAACUUUUGCCUGCUCUUAAUGUACUCAUUCAUCACACAGACAUUAAUAUUCUUGUGGACACAAUUUGGGCACUGAGUUAUUUGACUGACGGUGGUAAUGCACAAAUUCAGAUGGUUAUAGAUAGCGGUGUAGUGCCUCGACUCAUACCACUUCUCUCGCACAAAGAAGUUAAAGUGCAAACAGCUGCUUUAAGGGCAGUUGGUAAUAUUGUAACGGGUACAGAUGAACAAACGCAAGUUGUACUAAAUUGUGAUGCGCUAUCAUACUUCCCCAAUUUACUCACUCAUUCGAGGGAAAAGAUUUGUAAAGAAGCAGUCUGGUUCCUUUCAAAUAUAACUGCUGGUAAUCAAUCUCAAGUUCAAGCAGUUAUAGAUGCUGGAUUAUUGCCGCUUAUUAUUCGCAACUUAGCGAAUGGCGAAUUUCAAACACAAAAAGAAGCAGCAUGGGCAAUCAGCAAUUUAACAAUUAGUGGCAAUGAGGAACAAGUCACACGGAUGAUACAAGAUGGCGUUAUCCCACCUUUCUGUAACCUCCUUUCCUGUAAAGAUCCUCAAGUUGUACAGGUUGUUUUAGAUGGUAUACACAAUAUGCUCAAACUUGCUGGGUCACAAGUUGAACAGUUGGCCAAUAUGAUCGAAGAAUGUUCAGGUUUGGAUAAGAUUGAGGCGCUGCAAAAUCACAGCAACAUAGAUAUUUACAAGGUAGCGUUUGAAAUUAUCGACCAAUACUUUUCAGAAGAGACAAAUGAUUCAAAUGUGGAGCCACAAGUUGUGGAAUCAACAUUUGAAUUUGAUCAAACGACGAGCAUUCCGAGUCAAGGUUUUAAAUUUUGAGAAGGCCUCCAUUAUUUCUUAUCCGAUCGUGCCGUCCCCCGACAAACUCCGAUGCGGAGCCAUUUUGCUUAUCCUUUUCUAUUCUGUCUUAUUCUUGCU